AAGCUCGAAGAGGGGUCUACUACUAGUUGUGAAAUCUUAAAAGUUCCCGAGGCUCUUGAGCCCUUGCCCUAGGAUGAAAAGGGGCAUCAGAAAGCGUGCUAAAGAGGUGUAGCCACGAUUUUGAGAUGUGCCUGUUCCCUGGUUAAUGUCCUUUGUUUGGCCUCUACUUGUGGAAGAAGAACGAAGGAAAGACCCGUUUCCAGGCUGUGGAUUUGCAGCCAUUCGAUACCUACCUGUUUGCCUGUUGUACGAAUUAGAUUAUGGCUGCCAAUAUAGGAGACCAGCAUUCUUCAGAAUGGGUUUCACAGUACAACCUGGGUACUUCAAGCACCAGAGAAAACGGGAUGGAAGGCCCAAUGCAUGAGAACCCCGAAUGGGAGAAGGCCCGGCAAGCGCUGGCUAAUAUUAGCAAGGCCAAUGCUGCAGCUGCUUCUGGCAACAGUAAAGGUGCCACCAACGGUCAAGCUAACACACAGUACACAGCACAGCAAGGAGAAUCCCUGCAGCAGCAACAGCAGUACUACCAGUGGUAUCAACAAUAUAGCUAUCUCUAUCCCUAUAAUUAUUAUUAUCCUAUGCAAAAUGUCUACUCUGGGUAUGGUUCUCCCGGGCAGUAUGGUGUCCCAGGCUCUUACUCCUCAACACCCCAACAGCCACCAGUUCCUGGGCAGCACCAAGGGAGUAUGAGCCAGCCUCCCGUCCCAGGCAUGGAAGACGGAGGGAUGUCGUACUCAAGCCAGCCUCAGCAAAUGCAAAUCCCUAACCCACCACAGUCCCCUAUGCAGCAUCCCAACCACCCUUCACAGCAUAGCAACCUAUCCAUGGGCCCUGGGGGGCAGCAGCAGCAGGGUGGUCCUCCUGGAGGGUUGCACUCUCAGCCAAACCAGUCAAGUGCCUCCUAUAACCAGCAGCAGCAGCACUCUUACCAGGAAGCAGCCAAGCCCAAGAAAGGACAGCAGCUGUGGAACCGCAUGAAACAAGCACCUGGGUCUGGUGGUCUAAAAUUCAACCUUCCAAAGCGUCCCUUUGUAGUAACAAAUCAGAACUUCAGCUCUUUGGAGCAGCAGCAGCAGCAGCAACAGCAUCCAAACUUUGGCUCCCAGCAGAAUUCAGAGAAACGUCACAAUCACAGUUCUUCAACGGGUAAGCCUGAAGAUUGGCCACAGGACAUGAAGGAAUAUGUCCAGCGUUGCUUCACCGCUUGUGAGUCAGAGGAGGACAAAGACCGCACAGAGAAGCUACUUAAGGAGGUCCUACAGGCUAGGCUGCAGGAUGGCACUGCCUAUACCAUUGACUGGAGCAGGGAACCAUUGCCUGGCUUGGGCCGAGACAACUUGUCUGAAAGCCCCAAGAAAAAACAGCAGCGCUGGGAAGUGUCUUCUCUCCACUCGCCCCGUGCUUCUAUGCAAUCAAGCCUUGCUCAACAGCAGCAGAGGAGCGGGGGUGGUAAUUCCCAGCCCCAGCGAGGGGGAGGUAGUGGAGGAGCUGGGACUGGUCGGACUCGUGGGAAUGCCUUCCCCACCAAAUUUGGAAACCGCAAUGUUUUUAUGAAGGAAAAUAGCUCAUCCUCAAGUGCUGAUUCACGUUCUAGGUCAAGGUCAUCAUCCCGAUCUCCCAGUCGCCACUUCCGAAGAAGUGAUUCAGAUUCAGACAGCUCCUAUUCUGGAAAUGAGUGUCGCUUGGGUGGCCGUCGGAAUACUCAGAAAAACCGAGGGCGUGGAGGCCACAUGGAUAGAGGGCGGAUGAGAACACAGCGAGGAAAAAGACAUGAUCAAGGUCCUCCCAAGCGCAAUCGGAAACGCAACACUAUGGAUUAUGAAGACCCUGAAAAGGAAUUCAAGAAGGAACGGAGGGCAGCCCGCUUCCAGCACGGAGCCCAUCCAAAAAAGCUGCGUCUGGAACCUCUUAUCCUACAGAUCAAUGCUCUUGACACCGUUGGCUCUGAUGGCCUUGACUGGAAUGAGCUGAAGAUUGUAGGCACCUGCCAAGAUAUCACAAAGCAUUACCUGCGCCUCACCUGUGCCCCAGACCCCUCCACUGUCCGGCCUCUUUCAGUACUUAAAAAAUCUUUAUCUGCAGUGAAAUCCCACUGGAAAGAGAAGCAAGAUUAUGCCUAUGCUUGUGAGCAGAUGAAAUCAAUCCGGCAGGACCUUACAGUUCAAGGAAUCCGUGCAGAAUUCACUGUGGAAGUAUAUGAAACCCAUGCCAGAAUAGCUCUGGAGAAGGGUGAUCACGAGGAGUUCAACCAGUGCCAGACACAACUGAAGUCUCUUUAUGCAGAGAAUCUUCCAGGAAAUGUUGGAGAAUUCACUGCUUACCGUAUUCUCUAUUACAUUUUUACCAAGAACUCUGGAGAUAUCACAACUGAGCUGGCAUACCUGACAAAGGAGUUGAAAACGGACCCCUGUGUGGCACAUGCCCUUGCCUUGCGAGCUGCCUGGGCCCUCUCCAAUUACCACCGUUUCUUCUGUCUGUACCGCCAGGCCCCUUGCAUGUCUGGCUACCUCAUUGACAAGUUUGCAGAGCGAGAGAGGAAAACGGCCCUCAAAGCCAUGAUCAAAACUUUCCGCCCGGUGCUUCCGGUCUCCUACGUUGUGUCAGAGCUGGCCUUCGAGAGCGAGGAGGAGUGCCAAGCUUUCCUUGCAGCUCUGUCCCUUGUGUACAAUAGCCCCGACGCCACCAAGAUUGACUGCAAGCAGAGCUUGGCGGUCCUGGCCAAUUUCUGAAAGCAGGAAACAAAAAACCCACUGCCCUGUUCUAGCCUGUUUUUAACAUGUACAUAUAUA